GGGUUACAUAAUCUGGGGAAUACAUGCUACCUCAAUUCCAGUUUGCAAUGUUUAUCUCGGAGUCCAUACUUGUUGGAACUGUUGUCUCUACCACCGUUGUCUGGCGCCACCUUGAAGCGGCCUGACGGCGAUUCCGUUCGUACAUUGCAGAUCUGUCUUCCGAUCAUGAAAGCCCCAAUAACCAAACGUUUCACCGAACUCUGCGCUUCGCUUCGUGAUAUGCGUAGUGACGCUUCUGGGCCUUGUUCCCUCAAUCCUGCAUCCCUUCGUGAGUCCAUUCUCGAGCGGUACCCACGCUUCAGCGGGUUCGGUCAACAGGAUAGUCAUGAAAUCCUCCGCGCUUUGUUAGAUUGCUUGAAACAAGAGGAACUAAUGCGUUGGCGUAAAGGUAUCCUGGAAAAACUAAGUAUUGAUGUAAAGAAUGUAAGCUCAGAAGACCGUCAGCUAAUCCGCACCUGGGGACGGGCCGCCUCAAUCGCAACCAUUGUCGAUCGCCUUUUUGGUGGAAUCCUGAUCAGCACGCUUCAGUGCUGCGUUUGUGGCACCAUUCGAACGAGCUUUGAACCGUUUCUUGACCUUUCUUUGCCAAUCACAGAUGCCAAGGCUUCGUUUGGUCGCCGCACUGCUCCGGAAAAACAUGAAGGUGUUGGGAAGUCAAAGCAGGAAUUAAAACGAGAUCGCAAGAAAAAGAAAAAAGGAAAGCCGAAACGUGAGAACCGCAGAAGGCUCAAACAGGAGAUGGAUUGCCCUGCAGUUUCGUCCGACGGAGACUCGGUAGAUGAGCCUGUCGAAUCUGAGUCGCCUCCGCUCAACAUGCCGUGCUGUUUUGUGACUCCGGCUGAUGAUGAUGCAGUUGAGUCCAAACCGUUGCAAGAGCAGCUACAUUGUACUAGCGACCUCACAGCUGAUGGUGUUGCUCCCGGUAAACCUGUUGUUCAGACUAAUUCUAAUGGUGUUACCAGCCAACCAUCUUCCGUCGGAUCAAUGUCACGAGUGGCUUCAAGUGAUUCAUCCAAUGGUGGUUGCGCAGAUGCUGAAGACAGUGAUGAGGACCGGAUAUACAUGAAAGCCAUUUCACCGUGCGAUAACGAAUUGUCCCCUAAUUCUACCCUUCUGAAGCCCGAUGCCUCUGAUAAUGCAAAUGACGAAGGGUCCAUUCUGGUCGAAACAAAUGCGUACUUGGCAAAUCAGCUAGCCAAAAUCAACCUUCAAUCACACGAUUGUGGACCUUUGGGGGCUGAGGAGCUUCUACAGGCCAGUCGAUUAUCUCAGCUUCCUUUACGUUCAUCAACUUCAGAGCGGUGUGAAUUUCGUUCUGGGGAUAAUGAUGAAUCUUUGUACACAUGUCUAUCCCGUUUUACCACUCCCGAACACUUGUGCGGAUCUAACCGUAUUCAGUGCGAUACAUGCAGUGGGCGACACCCGGACGAUCAGUCAGAUGCCUCUGAGUCUCAUGCAGCUCCAAACACCCGUGUAUAUCGAGACGCGAUUCGUCGAGAUCUAAUUCUGGAGCCGCCCGCAUUAUUAACCAUUCAUCUGAAGCGUUUUCAGCAGUUUCGCAACAACUUGCAGAAGUCACAGAAGCCCGUCAAAUUUCCUCUCAUAUUGGACAUCAGCCCAUUCUGCUCCACACUGUAUCUAUCGCCUUGCGAUUCUGUUUGUUAUCGACUGUACGGCGUGGUGGAGCACAUGGGACGUCUAGCCGGAGGUCAUUAUGUGGCUUACGUCGCUGCCACUGCACCUAAUAUUGAACAGGAUGCUGAAUCCUCGCCAGCAUCUGAUCGCCUAAAAGGCUUUCUGCAGAAAUUUGUUGGAUCACUGGACCAUCCGCCGAAAUGGCCACUUACUGUGCACGACCUCGUCAGACGCCUCCGACGCUGCAGUCGAUCUCAGUUGCUUCACUCCGUAUCGGAAUUGUCUUCCAUUGUUAAUCGGGACACAGAUUCACCUGAUUCUACGGAGAACGAAGCGCGGACGGAGCCUGAGGAAGCGGAUAAACGCACUUGGUUCCGGUGUUCGGAUAGUCAUGUUUCCUGGGUACCUGUGAGCGCUGUGCUGGAGUGUCAACCUUUUUUAUUAUUCUACGAGCGGAUUACCAGUUGACCCCCUUCCUCUCUUGAGAAUGUCGCUAAUUGCCGUACCUUUCGUUGUACAGCAAUGUUCAUGAUGUCUUUCCUAGUUUUCCAAGAGGAUACUUCUAUAUACAAAGUGAUCGCAUCGUCUUCUCACUACCAUGCACAGUUUUCCCCUUUCAUUUCACUAAUCCUUUCAGGGUGUGCCACAACGUGUCAGCGUUUUAAACUGCUAG